AAGAAGCGGGGGGGGCACACGAUGGAGUCGUUCAAGGUGGUGUUGGAGGGGCCAGCCCCGUGGGGCUUCCGCCUGCAGGGGGGCAAAGACUUCAACGUGCCCCUUUCCAUCUCCCGGCUCACCCCGGGCGGCAAGGCGGCGCAGGCGGGCGUGGCGGUGGGCGACUGGGUGCUGAGCAUCGACGGCGACCACGCGGGUGGCCUCACGCACAUCGAAGCCCAGAACAGGAUCCGAGCCUGCGGGGAGCGCCUCAGCCUGGGGCUCAGCCGGGCCCAGCCGGCUCAGAGCAAACAGCAGAAGGCCCCAGCCCCCGCCGCGGAUCCCCCGCGGUACACCUUUGCACCCAGCGCCUCCCUCAACAAGACGGCCCGGCCCUUCGGGGCGCCCCCGCCUGCUGAUGGUGCCCCGCAGCAGAAUGGACAGCUGCUCCGGCCGCUGGCCCCGGACCCCAGCAAGCAGCGGCUGAUGGAGAACAUGGAGGACUGGCGGCCGCGGCCGGGCACUGGCCAGUCCCGCUCCUUUCGCAUCCUCGCCCAUCUCACGGGCACCGAGUCCAUGCAAGACCCAGGUGAGGAGCAGCUGAAGACAUCAAGCCAGGUGCCCGGGACAGAAACCCCUGCCCCAGCUUCCAUGACAUCCCAGGAACCGUGGCCCGCAGGCCCCCCGACCCCCAGCCCCACCAGCCGGCCGCCCUGGGCCGUGGACCCCGACUUCGCUGAGCGCUAUGCCCCGGACAAGACCAGCACGGUGCUGACGCGGCACAGCCAGCCCGCCAUACCCACGCCGCUGCAGAACCGCACCUCCAUCGUGCAGGCCGCCGCGGGGGGCCAGGGCAGCACGCCUGUGUGUCACCAGUGUCGCAAGGUCAUCCGGGGCCGCUACCUGGUGGCACUGGGCCACGCGUAUCACCCUGAGGAGUUUGUGUGCAGCCAGUGCGAGAAGGUUCUGGAAGAGGGUGGCUUCUUCGAGGAGAAGGGGGCCAUCUUCUGCCCAGCCUGCUAUGACGUUCGCUAUGCGCCCAGCUGUGCCAAGUGCAAGAAGAAGAUCGCAGGGGAGAUCAUGCACGCCCUGAAGAUGACGUGGCACGUGCAUUGCUUCACCUGCGCGGCCUGCAAGACCCCCAUUCGCAACCGACCCUUCUACAUGGAGGAAGGGUCACCCUACUGCGAGCGAGACUACGAGAAGAUGUUUGGCACCAAAUGCCGAGGCUGUGACUUCAAGAUCGACGCCGGGGACCGCUUCCUCGAGGCGCUGGGUUUUAGCUGGCACGAUACCUGUUUCGUGUGCGCGAUAUGUCAGAUCAACUUGGAAGGAAAGACCUUCUACUCCAAGAAGGACAAGCCCCUUUGCAAGAGCCACGCCUUCUCCCACGUGUGAGCCCCGCCCACGCAUUGAUCCUGCCCCGCCCACCACAAGGCCCCACCCACCAC